AUGCCUCCUGCGCCCGUUGAGGCUCUGGAAACCGGUACCAAGCUUCCUGUUGGCAACACGUGGCUAUUUCCCGAACGUGAGUUUCUCAAGUCUUCUCCAAGCAGAAAACAAUUGACCAUCGCACAAGACUUGAAAACUCGAGAAUCCAUUCAUGAUUUUGUUAUUCGUCUUGGAACCGCCCUCAGAGUUGAUGGUCCAACUAUAUUGGCCGCCACCAUAUACAUAAACCGUUUUUAUGUCCGUAUGCCUAUCACAACAUCAAAAUAUUUUGUUGCAUGCGCUGCCAUGUCCAUAUCAUGCAAACUCAAUGACAACUAUCGUGCCCCUGAUAAGAUAGCCAUGGCAGGAUGUACUAUAAAGAACCCGCACAAAGUCAUCGAUGAACAAAGCACGGUUUUCUGGCACUGGAGGGACCAAUUACUUUUUCGUGAAGAAUUGAUCCUAAAAAAUCUCAAUUUUGAGCUCAACUUGGACCUCCCGUACGACUUGCGGCGACCGUUGGAAGAGUACGACCAUUCUGAAGAUGGACAUGAAGUGUUUUUCGAAAAGCUUCCUGAAAUUAUCAGAAAUGCCAUUUCUUCGGUCGAAAUCCUCUCAUCACUUCCCAUCACCGUGGCCUACGAUAUGCCCACGAUACUAGCUGCCGCCCUCGUUUUAACCAUUUGCGAUGCAGAAGCGAGGUUUCCAGACCUAUCAUAUCCGCUGGGAUACCUUCAGAAAUGUCUCCAGAUUGAUUUAGACUGGUGCUACAAUUGCUACUUGUACAUACUAAAGCUUCUUGACCUCGGCAAGAGUAGCGACCCCAAACUAGCAAGCAAUCGAAACGCGGAUAAAAAGGUCAAAAGACUUUCAAAAGAGCAGUUUUACAAGUACAAAUAG